AAAAGUGUAGUCAGUCAAAGGCCAACGAUAUAUCCAUUCUCGAAAUUGCUACGGAUGAGUAGUAGGAAGAGUCCGGAAAGGUCAAAAGGUCAAGUGAAAUAUUUAAGUCAAAAUGAAGCAAUCGCUAUAGAUCAAGAACUUUUCACUGAAUAUGGAUUUAGUGUUGAUCAGUUGAUGGAACUUGCUGGCUUGAGUUGCGCAAAUGCAGUCGUACGUCUUGCAAAUAAAUGCGACGAUAUAUUAGUGAUUUCAGGUCCUGGAAAUAAUGGUGGUGAUGGUUUAGUAUGUGCUCGACAUCUCAAAUUAUUCGGAUAUAAGCCAACAGUUUUGUAUCCAAAGCAAUCGAAAUCGGAUUUAAUGAGUCGAUUGAUAACUCAAAUUACAAAGAUGGAAAUACCUUUUAUCAAGGAAGAAUCUAUUCAAAAUCCAUCAGAUAUUGAAAAAAAUUUUUCAUUUAUUGUUGACGCAAUAUUCGGAUUCAGUUUCAUUCCACCGCUAAGACCACCAUUCGAUCGGCUUAUUGAUAUUGUUGCCAGAUGUAAAACACGCGUUCUUUCUAUCGAUAUACCAUCAGGUUGGCAUGUGGAAGAUGGACCGUCCGCUUUUAGUGUCGCUAUCAAACCAUAUGCGCUUAUAUCAUUGACCGCGCCAAAAAUGUGCGCGAAACACUUCGAUGGUACGCAUUUUCUUGGAGGCAGGUUUGUACCGAAUUCGCUAAUCGACAGAUAUUCGCUUAAUCUGCCGGAAUAUCCAGACUUUGAAUCGAUCAUGGUUUUAUCGAAAUAA